AUGGCGCUGGCGGUGGCGGGGGCUCGGCUGGGCGGCCCCGGGUGCUGGCGCGGGCACUGGACGGCGGCCGGCCGCUCGCGGAGCCGGCGCGAGGCGGCCGAGGCCGAGGCGGACGCGCCGGUGGCGCAGUACGUGGGCGAGCGGGCGGCGCGCGGCCACCGCGUCUUCGUGUGGGGCUUCAGCUUCUCGGGGGCGCUGGGCGUGCCCGGCUUCGUGGUGCCCAGCUCCUCGCCCGAGCCCCGCGCCGGCUCCCGGCCGCGCCGCCGCAUCCAGAACGUGCCCUACCGCCUGGAGCUGGACCAGAAGAUCUCAUCUGCUGCCUGCGGCUAUGGCUUCACCUUACUGUCCUCCAGAACCAAGGAUGUCACCAAAGUCUGGGGAAUGGGGCUCAACAAGGACUCGCAGCUGGGCUUCCAGAGGAGCCGCAAAGAUAAGAACAGGAGCUACGAAUACGUGUUGGAACCCUCGCCCGUCCCGCUGCCUCUGGACGGACCUCAGGAGACCCGGGUGCUACAGGUGGCAUGUGGCAGGGCGCACUCCCUGGUGCUGACGGACAGCGAAGGAGUCUUCAGCAUGGGGAACAAUUCCUACGGGCAGUGUGGAAGGAAGGUGGUGGAAGGUGAAGUUUACAGUGAAAGUCACAAAGUCCACAGACUGCAGGACUUCGAUGGACAGGUGGUCCAGGUCGCCUGUGGUCAGGAUCACAGUCUCUUUGUCACAGACCGAGGAGAAGUCUAUUCGUGUGGAUGGGGCGCUGACGGGCAAACAGGUCUGGGCCACUACAACAUCACCAGCGCCCCCACCAGGCUGGGAGGAGACCUCGCUGGCGUGCGUGUCAUCCAGGUGGCCACCUACGGCGACUGCUGCUUGGCCGUGUCUGCCGAUGGGGGUCUCUUCGGUUGGGGCAACUCUGAGUACCGGCAGCUGGCCUCCGUCACUGACUCCACACAGGUCAACGUCCCCCGAUGCCUGCCCUUCUCAGGGGUGGGAACAGUGAAGCAGGCUGCAUGUGGCGGCACCGGCUGUGCCGUGGUGAACGGAGAAGGCCAUGUGUUUGUCUGGGGUUAUGGAAUUCUUGGGAAAGGCCCAAACCUGCUGGAAACGGCGCUUCCAGAAAUGAUUCCCCCCACCCUCUUCGGCCUGACGGAGUUCAGCCCCGAUGUCCAUGUGUCCCACAUCCGGUGUGGCCUCAGCCACUUCGCUGCCCUCACCAACCGUGGGGAGCUGUUCAUGUGGGGCAAGAACGUGCGAGGGUGCCUGGGGAUUGGCCGCCUGGAGGACCAAUAUUUCCCGUGGAGGGUGACGAUGCCCGGGCAGCCCGUGGACGUGGCCUGUGGCGUGGAUCACACAGUGACUCUGGCCAAGUCGUUCAUCUGAGUCUCCCCCGCUGGCGGCUCUGCUGAGGCAGGGGCCAGGCCCGCCGACAAGGGGGCAG